AUACAUAUUCAUCCGCUUUCGUACUCAUAAGGCUGAAAAUGAAAUACCCACCAGUCUCUUAUAAUGCAAAGGAGAGUCACAUUUGCCCUGUGGAUCUUGUGUCUGACGACAAGCCAACCGAUGAGGCAACUCUCGACCGAACGUCAUGCACUGAUCUAUCUGCCUUCCUUUGUGUGGGAAAAUACUCGGCAGAAUAGCGCUUCGGAGCUGAAGUCGAUCAACCAGGGGAAGGCGUCCCCCAAUCCUUUCACUGUGAGCCUGAGUGAUCAUCGCUCGGCAUCGACGGUCAAGGGGAAAGGGGUUUGUCCAUGGGUGCAGGAGAUAUCCCUUUGACGUGUCAGCGGGAUGAAUGGUCCUGAGAGGGUGCUAUUUGUACUCGAUCUCUCAAAAGAGCUCCGAGCUGCAGCUUUCAGAGUUGGCCCGCUUGCUUCGAGCAGCUCCAUUGAGAGUUAGGAAAUAACGAACAUGGAGGAUGGCAUUGUCAAGAUUGACGAUAUCUCACCUCAGAUCAUUUAUGGCCCAGAGGGAACAUGGAAAGCUCCAACAUUGGCAAAUGAUGGAGGGGGCGCUCUUAUGUCAUACAUGGACUCCACCUUUCACAUGACCAUUUGUGGCACUGACAAAGCCACC